AUGCCGAAAAUUAGAACGACGAGGACGAAGAAGCCCCCCGAGGGGUACGAAGAAAUCGAGGCGGUCCUCGAUGACUACGCCAAGAAGAUGCGCGACGCAGAGAACGAGUCUCACGAGGGGAAGCGCAAGGCAGAGUCCCUGUGGCCCAUUAUGCGCAUAUCGCAUACGCGGUCAAGAUACAUCUACGAGCUCUACUACAAGCGGGAGGCGAUCUCGCGCGAGUUGUACGACUGGCUGCUCAAGGAGGGAUAUGCGGAUGCCAAUUUGAUCGCAAAGUGGAAGAAGACCGGCUACGAGAAGUUGUGCUGCGUUCGGUGCAUUCAGACUAGAGAUAUGAACUACCAAGGCUCGACGUGCAUAUGCCGUGUGCCGAAAGCGCAGAUUCGAUCGGGGACCAUUGUUGAAUGUGUGCAUUGUGGCUGCCGAGGCUGCAGUUCUGACUCAUGA